AUGUAUAACCUAAGCUGUUACAACCCCAGUUCUUUUAUCCUUGCUGGAAUACCUGGCCUGGAGAAGUUCUGCGUCUGGAUUGGGAUUCCCUUUUGUGUCAUCUACAUUGUGGCUGUUGUGGGCAACUGCAUCCUCCUCCACCUUAUUGCAGUUGAGCCCAGCCUGCACGAGCCCAUGUUUUUCUUCCUUUCUAUGUUAGCUACCACAGACCUCAUCUUGUCCACUGCCACAGUGCCCAAAUUGCUCAGUAACCUCUGGUGUGGCUCCCAGGAAAUAACCUUCUCUGGCUGUGUCACCCAGAUGUUCUUCCUCCACUUCAGCUUUGUAGUGGACUCCGCCAUCCUGUUGGCCAUGGCAUUUGAUCGCUAUGUGGCUAUUUGCUUCCCCUUGAGAUACACCAGCAUCCUGACUCCACAGAUGAUCAUCAGGCUCGUGGUGAGCAUCGUUGUGAGGAGCUUCUGUGUCAUCUUGCCAGAUGUUUUUCUGCUGAAACGGUUACCCUUCUGUGGGACACGUGUCAUCCCACACACAUACUGUGAGCAUAUAGGCGUUGCUCGGCUUUCCUCUGCUGAUAUCUCCAUCAACAUCUGGUAUGGACUUGCUGUGCCUCUCAUGACUGUCAUCUCAGAUGUGAUCUUUAUUGCUGUUUCUUACACCUUCAUCCUCCAUGCCGUCUUUCAACUCUCAUGCCAGGGUGCCCGCCACAAGGCCCUCAGCACCUGUGGCUCCCAUGUCUGUGUCAUCCUCAUGUUUUACACACCAGCUUUCUUCUCUAUCCUUGCUCACCGCUUUGGGCACAGUGUCCCUCGUAAUGUGCUCAUCCUAUUUGCCAACCUGUAUGUGGCCAUCCCUCCAGCUCUAAAUCCUGUUGUUUAUGGAGUGAAGACCAAGCAGAUCCAGGACAAAUUUAUGCUCCUCUGCUCUUUGAAGAAGACACCGUGAGUGGGGAGGGCCACCGAAGGAGAAAUUCAGGCAACAUUGAUUAGGCUAAGUUUUAUAUAACAGAAGAAGACAUACAAUAAAGCUAUAACUCCAAUUCACUUGCAAUUUUAGAGUUCUGCACAUGCUCAAAGUGCAGGAAGGAAAGGGGAGAAAGAAAAUCUGGAUUUCCAGAAAAUCAAGGGUUUUCAUGGUUUUGUGUUUUACUUAAAGAAGGUGAUGAUGGGUACAGAAGAGUGCUAAUACUGCGGUUUCUCUCUUACCUCUAGCUAAUUCUGUGAUAUUUGAAGGCUAGAUAUUUCCUAACAUGCAGCUCACUCCUGUAUUUCUCAGUUCAUGAACUAAAGGCAAAACCCCCUUCCUUUAAUUCUUCAGACGUCACUCCUGCUUUACACUCCAGUCCUGAUUCUAUAUAUUAUUAAUCCCUCCUUCUGUGCUCUCUAUUGCUUUAAUUUUUUCCCUACCCAUCUCAGAUUACAUAGAGUUGAUUUUCAUUUGUAUUUAUUUUGUUCAAUUGCAUGCUCCAAGCAAGUGUUCACUGUCCUUGGUCCAUAUUUUAUAGUUUUAAUUAAAGAUAAUUAUGAGAGGGUAAUAUUACUUAAUUCAUUUCACAGAUGAGGAAACAGAGACUUUACAGAUUACAGAAAGACAGGCAGUAUAUUUAGGACCCAAGCACAGGUCUGUCUGAUUUUGAAUUCUUUAUCCAAUUGCUUCCUGGCAUUUAUUUACUUGAAUGGCUCAC